AUGGACAUCCUGCUGCUGCUCUCUCUUCCUAUAUUUAAGAGCUCGCUCUUCGAUGGAGGACGACACAACACGAACUCGACAAUGCCCUCUAGUGAUGAAAUCGUAGCUCUGAACAAUUACCUUCAAGAUCGCAACAUGCUAGCUUCUCUUAGCUGGAGUUUCCAAGCGACCGGUGUUGGCCACGAGCCGCAGUGGACCGCCCGCUGCAGAAUUAAUGGUAUAACACGUGGAACCGGAGCGGCCGGGAAAAAGACUCUGGCCAAGAGGCAAGCAGCUGGUGCUGCGUUGAGGUCUUUGCAGGAAGAGAACGAGGGCGAAUGA